AUGGGGAAACAGAGGCACAAAGCGGAAACGUGCAGCCGAGGCACAUGCAUAUGCACACAUAUCUAUAUCUAUAUCUGUAUCUGUAUCUGUAUCUGUAUCUAUAUCUAUAUCUAUAUCUAUAUCUAUAUCUAUAUCUAUAUCUAUAUCUAUAUCUAUAUCUAUAUCUAUAUCUAUAUCUAUAUCUAUAUCUAUAUCUAUAUCUAUAUCUAUAUCUGUAUCUGUAUCUGUAUCUGUAUCUGUAUCUGUAUCUAUAUCUAUAUCUAUAUCUGUAUCUGUAUCUGUAUCUAUAUCUGUAUCUAUAUCUAUAUCUAUAUCUAUAUCUAUAUCUAUAUCUAUAUCUAUAUCUGUAUCUAUAUCUAUAUCUAUAUCUAUAUCUAUAUCUAUAUCUAUAUCUAUAUCUAUAUCUAUAUCUAUAUCUAUAUCUAUAUCUAUAUCUAUAUCUAUAUCUAUAUCUAUAUCUAUAUCUAUAUCUAUAUCUAUAUCUAUAUCUAUAUAUCUAUAUCUCCUAAAAUCCUAAAUCUAAAAUCUAAUAUCUAA